GCGCUGUCAUCUGCGGCUUGUAGACCGUUGAGUGUGAACCAGAGCAGCGGUACAUUCACCCCGAAUUAAAGUGACACGAGUGGCUGUGGUGAGGCGUUCACGGACACUGUAUUAAAUAUGUGACCGCGACGGAAUAUGGCAGUUAUCGGAAUGAAUAACAGCACUUUUUGUUGACCUCUUGACGUCGAUUGGUGUGCGUGGCUUUAGCUAAAGCUAACUGCUCGCGUCCGGCUCAUAUUCAGGUCUACUAAGUCAUUCAGGAGUAGCAGCAGCACAACAGAAGACAACACGAGUAAAUGCUGGUUUUCAGUAGCACAUUAUUCUGCUGACGGAAAUGGACUCACCCACCUCUGUUCUCACGGCAAACCACAAUGGGCUACUGCCCGUCUGCGACCCUGCUGUAGAAAACAACUCCAAGCAGGACAUGGACACCCCCUGUCUCACUGUCCACCUUCACUACCAAGGGAAGGAGGGAGAAGGGGACGGGGUAAAAGGUUCAGACAAUGUCCUCACCUUUCCACCCGGGGAGUACGUAGUGGAGGAUCUGUGCAUCGCUGCAGCGAAAGCUUGUGGUAUUGCUCCAGUUUACUGCAACUUGUUUGCCCUCAUGAGGGAAAGUGACCGGAUAUGGUUCCCUCCCAAUCACAUAUUAAAACUCAACCAGUCAGACAGAGAAAACCUGCUCUUCAGAAUCAGAUACUAUUUUCCAGGCUGGUAUAACAACACCAGCUCAUUUUAUGCACAUCGCUAUGGUGUGUCCAAGGGAAUGGAGACAUCUGUGAUGGACGACUGUGUAAUGGCGUACCUAUUUUUUCAGUGGCGCAGUGAUUUUCUUAAUGGCUGGGUUCAAAUGCCGGUGAGCCACGAAUUGCAGGAGGAGUAUCUGGGCAUGGCGGUGCUAGACAUGAUGAGACUCGCUAAAGAGAGCGGUCAGUCACCUGUGGACAUAUAUAAUGAUACAAGCUACAAAUCCUUCCUGCCGAGAUGCAUGCGAAGUCACAUUCAGGAGUACAACAUUUUGACUCGCAAGAGGAUCCGCUAUCGCUUCAAGAGAUUCAUCGAGCAGUUCAGUGAAUGCAAGGCAACGGUGUCCAACCUCAAGCUCAAGUACCUGAUGAACCUGGAGAUGCUGCUGCCCCACCUCUACUCUGAACACUUUCAGGUCACCGACCUCUCUGCACACAGUGUUACCAUCGUUGUCACGGGCAACAAAGGCAUCCAGUGGUCAAAAGGAAAAGAGGAAGAGGGAGCGGAGGAGGAGUUACAGAUGUACUGCGACUUUCCAGAGGUUGUCGACAUCAACAUUAAACAAGCUAACAAAGAAGGCUCAGCAGAGAGUCGCAUAGUUACACUGUCCAGACAGGACAGCCAAAUCCUGGAAGUGGAAUUCCACUCACCAUCAGAGGCUCUGUCGUUCGUGUCGUUAGUUGAUGGAUAUUACAGACUGGUCGCCGAUGCCAAUCAUUACCUGUGUAAAGAGGCGGCUCCACCAAGACUCCUGGAGUGCAUUCAGAGCUACUAUCAUGGCCCUGUUUCAAUGGAGUUCACGAUUGGUAAGCUGCGGCGCUCUGGUAAUCACCAGGGACUGUACAUCCUUCGCUGCAGCCCGAGGCACUACGACAAAUACUUUAUGUCUUUUGUGGUCGGGUAUGAAAGUAUGGUGGAAUACAAGCACUGUCAGAUUAUGAAGUUGGAAACAGGGGAGUACAUUCUGAGCGGAGCAAAGAGGAGCUUCGGUUCCCUGAGGGAACUUCUGCACUGCUAUCAAAAGGAGGCGCUGCGCACUGAAGGAUAUACUUUUCAGCUGACCAGGUGCUGCCCCCCCACCCCGAAAGAGAAAUCCAACCUACUGGUGUGCAGAAAUAAUCAAGGUGCAGAGGUUCCUCUGUCGCCCUCCCUCCACAAACACAUCAGUCAGAUGGUCUUCCACAAGAUCCGAAAAGAGGAUCUCAACAUUAAUGAGAGUCUGGGCCAAGGAACAUUCACAAAGAUCUUCUGUGGUGUGAGGAAAGAGCUGGGAGACUAUGGAGAGGUACACCAGAUAGACGUCGUUAUCAAGAUCCUGGACAAGGCUCAUCGCAAUUAUUCCGAGUCAUUCUUUGAAGCAGCCAGCAUGAUGAGCCAGCUCUCCCACAAGCACUUAAUCCUCAACUAUGGCGUCUGCGUUUGUGGUGAUGAGAACAUGAUGGUGCAGGAGUAUGGUAAAUUUGGUUCUCUGGACACCUAUCUGAAGAAGAAUAAAAGCUGUGUCAACAUCACAUGGAAGCUGGAAGUGGCCAAACAGCUGGCGUGGGCUAUGCACUACCUGGAGGAUAAGACCCUCAUCCAUGGAAACGUUUGUGCCAAGAAUGUUCUCCUGAUCAGAGAGGAGGAUCGAAAGACAGGCAGCCUGCCCUUCAUCAAGCUCAGCGAUCCUGGCAUCAGCAUCACCGUGCUGCCCAGAGAAGUUUUGGUGGAGCGCAUCCCAUGGGUUCCCCCUGAGUGCAUUGACAAUCCCCAAAACUUGAGUUUAGCCAGCGACAAGUGGGGCUUCGGGACGACCCUGUGGGAGAUCUGCAGUGGCGGAGACAAACCACUCAGCACUCUGGAUUGCUCCAAGAAGAAUUUGUUCUAUGAGGACAGACAUCAGCUGCCGGCCCCCAAAUGGACGGAGCUGGCUAAUUUAAUAAACUGCUGUAUGGACUAUGAGCCGUCGUAUCGACCAUCCUUCAGAGCAGUUAUCAGAGAUCUUAACAGCCUCUUCACUCCAGACUAUGAGCUGUUAGUGGAGAGCGACAUGUUGCCCAACCGGACAAGAGGCUUCGGCUUCCCGUGGGCCUCCGAGAGCCAGGAGCCCGCCCAGUUUGAGGAGCGGCACCUCAUCUUUCUCAAGCAGCUGGGCAAAGGGAACUUUGGCAGUGUGGAGAUGUGCCGAUACGAUCCCCUGCAGGACAGCACAGGUGACGUGGUGGCUGUGAAGAAACUCCAGCACAGCACAGCCGAGCACAUGAGGGACUUUGAGCGGGAAAUUGAGAUCCUCAAGUCGCUCCAGCACGAAAAUAUAGUCAAAUACAAAGGAGUCUGCUACAGUGCAGGACGAAGGAACCUGCGGCUGAUCAUGGAAUACCUCCCCUACGGCAGCUUGAGAGAUUAUCUCAUCAAACACAAGGAUCAUUUUGACUCCAAGAAACUGCUGCUCUACGCAUCGCAGAUCUGCAAGGGGAUGGACUACCUGGCCACAAAGCGUUACAUCCACAGAGACCUGGCCACGAGGAACAUUCUGGUGGAGAGCGAGAUGAGGGUGAAAAUUGGAGAUUUCGGUCUGACCAAGGUGCUGCCACAGGACAAGGAGUACUACACUGUCAGAGAGCCGGGAGAGAGCCCCAUCUUUUGGUAUGCUCCAGAGUCCCUGACAGAGAGCAAGUUCUCCGUGGCCUCAGAUGUUUGGAGUUUCGGCGUCGUCCUCUACGAACUCUUCACUUACAGUGACAAGAACUGCAGCCCUCCAGCAGUGUUUAUGGACAAAAUGGGGAAUGAAAAGCAGGGACAGAUGAUUGUUUACCAUCUGAUAGAUCUGCUGAAACAAGGAUACAGGCUCCCUGCUCCUGAUAAUUGUCCAAAGGAGAUUCACAAGAUGAUGGCAGAGUGCUGGGGCAGUGACCCGGGACUGCGGCCGACCUUCAUGACAUUAAUCCAGAAAGUGGAGAAGGUCCGAGAGAGCAAUGAAGGAUGAGCAGCAUUCUUCCCUGAACCUUAAAACCUUUAGGUGUUGGACUGGACUUGGAACGUCUCGCUUUACUGCUGAGAUGUUUUAGACAUAAUCACUACACCUGAAUCAGAUGUUUAAACCAUGAGGUUUUUGAUGACGCCUUCAAGAACAAUGGGCCUGUUUCACAGCAGCCAUUUUGACACGUUUUAGCAACAAGAGCACAGGUGUGAAGUGAUCACAUGACCACUGGCUCAUGAAAAAAUGUCAAAAACCAUUUAAAACUUGAAAUGAGUGCUAAUAAUUUGUUUAACCAAAGAGACGAGGGGACUUUGGACACUGUUGGACAUUUAUCUGAUACGUCUUUGGGGGAAGGCAUUCUUGACCUGACGUAAGAACAGAAGAUGGAGGACAGAGAGAACAGAAACAAAAUGCAGUAAACUGUUGGGACGGAGGAGAGCGGAAGCAAUGAUUUGCCACUCAGGACAUUCUUGUAUGUGCCAUAAACUUUUCAGCUGCCACGAUGAUUCCUGCUGUUACUCUGGAACUUUUACAACAAUAUAUGAUCCACCAAACAUAAGAUCAUAACCAAAAAGUCUUUUGUUUACAUCAAUGCAAUUGUGAGAAGUGAAAUGUCCACAAUAACUGCUCUUCAAGCUCUUUGACGGUAAAAUGUUAACAUCGUCUGUGUCAAUAAUUGCUGUGAGGAUAAAUGUACAGUUUGCCGUUUUCAGUGUUCCAAUGCAGAACGGUCUGUAGGUGCUACACGUGAAACGUACACGUUGAGAGUAAUGAGUGAAUAAUGAAGCGUUUGUACCGUGUACAACAGUAGUUUGUUGCAAAAAAAGGGGUUUGAUUUAAAACCCAUUUCACGUAGUUAAAGAUGUAGAAGUUCUUGUGCGUUAGAAGCCUAUAUAUCGUCACAUUUUUCAACUCACAUUUAUGAGUGUUCACAAGUUGUUGUUUUUUAACAACAACAAAUCUGUUGCAUUGAAUUUAUAAGCUUAAACCAAAAAAACUCAAAUCAUUCAGGUAAAUAAAAAGGUUUUCCUUUUUAUGGACUAAAGCUCAACGUGCAAAGAACGAACCAAUUUACCUCUGGACUCAAUUUAUUCCUGAAUGUCCCUUUUGAGGUCAUGUCUGGUGUGAAUAACUAUUGUUUGCUUUAAUUUGUAUUUUGCUGCCAAUUGGCAUUUUGUUUGGCUGUGUAAGAUUUCAUAUCAGUAUUUUGUGGAAAACUGUUUGAAAAACAAAAAAACCAAAACAAACGAAAUUGGCUCCAUUUAUUUCACCUGGAGUCUGAUUGCGACACAUGACGUGCAUGUAGAUUUGUGUAAAGACUGAAAUGGUGGAUUUGUCAUCAUUAUAUUCCAGGAGUGUUUAUGACUUUAUUGAACAAAACCUUUGUGCUAUCUGUUAUCGAUAAUAAACGUAUCAUUGUUAAAA